GUUAGUCAUGUUCAUUUAAUCGAUCGGCGAACAAGCCUAAAAUUUGGUCGUUGCCGGAAAAAUUUUAGCAAUUAUGAAUCGAACAAAAUCAGUUAUUUUAGUUGUAGCGAUUUUUUGCAUCGUUGUGAGCCAAGUAAAUUGCCAGUCGAAUGACGAUACUACAACAAAACCAGAAAAGCCAAAGGAAAAGAUCAGCGUAAAAGACAGCAAGCUUUGCAGCAAAUGCCUUUGCAAUUUAGAAACCUAUUUGUUGGAUUGCAGUGAAAAGCUUCAGGAUUUGCUGUCUGCAGAGGAGUGGGAAGUUUUGAUCAACGGAGAUGUAGUGUUCAAAACGAUCAACUUAGAGCACAACAACAUAACUAGUAUUCCGAUUCUACCGAAAUAUGAUGUGGAAAACUUAUACUUGGCAAACAACCAAAUAGAUUCAAUCACUGAGGGCGCCUUUCAGAACCUUACCGAGCUAACCACACUUGAUUUGUCGCAUAACCGCAUAACGUCGAAAGUUUUGGUGCCAGAUGUUUUCAAGGGUCCCUACACAGAACACGAUUUCUCAGCGCUGGAAAAAUUGAAGACUCUUAACUUGGGAUACAAUGACCUGCAUACUUUGGAUGCAGACUUGUUUGAGCACAUUCCCAACAUAGAGGAACUCGUCCUCUGCUCAAAUGCAUUCCACGUAAUUGAUCGACUUUCAGAAACGGCCAUAUCCGGAUUAUCAUCAUUGAAGACUUUGGACGUUUCGUACAUGGAAAUCGACGACUUACCAGAGACUAUUCUUCAUGGACCACGAGAUCUUGAAACCCUAAUAGCAGCUGGAAAUCUCUUUCACCAAUUACCAAAGGCCUUAAGUCGAGCGACGAACCUAACCAGUCUUGUUCUGAAUCAAAACCCCAUUGAUAGCCUGAUUGAAGACAAUGUAUUUCCACCGCUGACCAAAUUGACACACCUGAGUAUGACCUUUAUGACCAAGUUAUACAAAAUUGGACCAGGAGCAUUUAGUGAGUUGCAAGGUCUAACCGAAUUGAUUUUGUCCGACAACAAAUUGCUAAACGAAAUCGAUGAGGAGGCUUUAUCCAAAAACGUCACUCUAGGCCCAUACUUGGACUAUCCGCCAUUGGAAAAAGUUUACUUGAAUAAUUGCAACCUUACGACUCUUCCAAAAAAUCUUCUUGUGCGAUGGGAUAAACUCAAAGCUCUCGACCUUAGGUACAAUCCGUGGAACUGCGACGACUCCAACGAUUAUUUGAUCAACGUCUUAAUAGAACAAGUUAACAAAACCACACCGAUUUUGGCUAAAAAUGUCCAGUGUGCAACGCCAACUACGUUGAAAGACGUUGAAGUAGUUAGAGUUGCAAAUGAACAUUUGAUGGAAAGUUCUACUGGCAGCAUUAUAUGGGUUGGACUCCUGGUUAUUUUGCUAAUCGCUGUGCCAACUAUUGCAGGCGCCUAUGUGAUGAAAAGACGAAACUGCUUUGGCGUCUUUAGACGCAAUGACAGCGUAGCUCGCAGUGCUCUCUAUAAUAGGACUAGUUUCAAUGAAGACUUCCAUAUUUAAAAUUUGUUUUGCACUAAUGUUAAAUUAAAUGUUAUAAUUAAAAACAAAAACAACAUGCAUUAGUUGACUAUCUU